ACUCUGGUUGGAGCCGCCUUGGCCUCGGGACCGCCGCUUGACACAUGUGCUCUGAGGUAGAGUUGAGUAUAGUACCAGAGACUCUGUCUACUAGCUGAUUUUUUCUGAGGUCCCUGUAAAUAUGAAACCAAAGAAGCUACAUGUGAAGAAGCAGGCAGUAGUGUUUGAUGAAACAUCUAGGAAGUAAGUUUAGCCUAGACUACACUGGAAACUACGCCCCUUUCUUCUGGGAAAGGGACUGGCCAGGGAAUACUUAACAGGAUUUCAAAAAAGGAAAAAAGAAAGAAGACAAAAAGCAAAGCUUGAAAACAUGAAACUGCAGAAAGAAGCUCGUAAGAAAAUGAGGACUGAGAAAAAAGAUGCCGUAAAGAAAAAGUUGGAUGCCUACGGGCUGGCUAACAGUAAAGAUGAUUUCGGCCUUUCUGGAUCUGUUGGGUUGAAUGCUCCUGAAAAGUCUUGUGCUUACGAAGAUCACCCAAACCAUGUUGUCAUCAUAAACACUCAACCACAAUUUGGACAGUCGUUAUCAACUCUCGCUAAUAUAGAUUCUUGAAUAUAAUUAUCAAACAUCAGUCUCUGGUAAAACAGAAAAAACACAUUCACCAUCACCUGCACUAUUUACACUGUUGUAGGAGCUAUAUACUGUAAUUUUAACUUCAGAA